AACUAUAAAUGGAACUAUAAAUGUGUAAAGCAGCGUAUUGAAAUCUAAAUCUAAAAGACAGUAUAUAAAAAAUAUAUAUAUAUUCUAAAUAAUAUAUAUAUAUAUAUAUAUAUUAGCUUCAUAUAAUCACACACAUUUCGCCUGACUGAUAAGUCCGAAGCUCUUGGUGCAGGCGAAAAAAAAGAAAAAAAAAACAAAAACAAAUCUUCAAGACGCGUUGCAACUUUUGAACUCGGCGCUGCGAUGAUUUCCCAUACCGUGAGAGUAUUCAAGCUGAUGUAUAUCGUGGCUGGCAUACUGAUUAGCAAUGAGGAAAUCUGCGAUACGGUCGAUCGCAUACAAAUCGCGCCACGCGUCGAAAUGAAGUCCGAUCCGGAGCAGCGCGGCGGCGGCGGCGGUGGCGGCGGCGGUGGCAUCGGCGGCUUGGCGACACGGCCGGAACGCCGCGACUCGCCCAAAUCGAAGCGACGCAGGAAGGUGAGCGUCACCGGACUGGCCGGCGGCAUGGUGCGCGGCGUCACCAGCAAGGUGACCAGCCAGGUGACCAGCCGGAUGGGCGCCCACUGCAGCUGGCUCUACAACAUGCCCCUCAUCCUGGGCCAGUGGCGCCGGCUCGCGCUCAGCUUCACCGUCUGGACCAUACCCAACUGGCUGCUCGAGUACACGUCCAGCUACAUCAGCCGAAAGUUCUUCAUCAACAGCGACUGUGAUAUGAUCUACAAAUAGUCAGCUCCCUCU